UUACGAUGUAACGUGGUUCAUCAUCCUUUCUUUUAUUUUAUUUUAUGUGUGGUGUUACUCUCUAAAGCUGGAUUAUGGUAGAGGUGGCCAAAGCCUGGCUAGGUUGGUAUGGUUUCUUCUUUUUUUUUUUUACUAUUAUUAAUGGUGUUUUCUACGAUUUCCUUUUUUUUUUUGUAAUGCGGUGGUUGCUACAAUAUGUACAAAUGAAAGGCGAGAUAUUGCGCUGGUAAGCAAUCAGGUAGACGUAACAAAAUUUUAGCUCCGGCCCGA